AUGGUGGCAACCAUCAUCGCAGUACGGCUUGGGACGGCGGCCGUUGAAAUACAUAUUAUGUUGCAGUUCAUGUUGGGCUUGCAUCUGUGGCUCAUGAGCCCCGAUCGGCUUGUUAAGCUGGAGGCAAUGACAACCGCAGCGCUCAAUUCAUGUUGGAAUGUUGAAAAGGCUAGGCCAGGUCACCUAUUCAAGAAGCUGUCGACAGACGUGGCCCAACGGGAGAUGACUAUCACUCGCAUAUUGUUCUUGCUCCCUAUGACGUCCCUCAACAUAUUGUCGGCCUUACAGCCCCCUGAACUCUCCUGGUCGGGGGUGGGUUGGAGAAUGAGUACAGCCGCUGUGAUUGCCGCUUACAACCUAGCAGUCUGGUUCGAUAAUUCUAGUAGUGGUGCACAACAACCUCCUAGACAAGGCUGCGGGCCUCCCUACAUCUUCCUCCUCUAA